GGAACUUCUUACAGGGUUACUAUGCAAUUGCGACUGGUUUCUUGGGUCUUUAUCACUUUGAACUUGAUGGAAUACGUCGGCAGCCAGCAGAACCCUUCCAGAGUCCGGCGGCAGGGAAUGAAUCUCGAUAUGAGCCAAGAUUGCCAAGGAUGUGCAACAUGUUCCCAGUUCAAUGGAUGCUUAACAUGUAAACCUCGACUCUUUUUUUUCCUGAUGAGGAGUCAAAUUAGAGAGAUAGGGAUGUGUUUUUCAUCCUGCCCCAAUGGAUAUUAUGGACAACGGUACCCAGAAAGAAAUGAGUGUAAAAAAUGUAAAGCUGACUGUGAAACCUGCUUCAAUAGAAAUUUCUGCACAAAGUGUAGAAAUGGGUUUUACUUACACCUUGGAAAGUGCCUUGGAAACUGCCCUGACUGGCUGGAAACCAACAACCACACUAUGGAGUGCAACAAUAUUGUGCAUUGUAAAGUUAGUGAAUGGAGCCCAUGGAGUCCAUGCAUGAAGAGAGGGAAAACGUGCGGUUUCAAAAGGGGGAAUGAAACGAGGAAAAGAGAAAUCUUACAACUUCCUACUACAAAGGGCAAACCAUGCCCACAUACAACUGAGACAAAAAAAUGUAUUGUACCGAAAACGAGAUGCCAGACAGGACAAACAGGAAGAAGAAGCAGAGAGGAAAGAAGAAAAAAGCCAAAGACAGAAGAAAGCAAGGAAAACAGGCAGGAAAACAGUGGCCGAGAAUCUAGAAGACAAAACCGAGAACGGGACAACAAAAGUAAAACACAGUUGAAGAAAAGAAGAGCACAGGAUAAACAGCAGAAACCAGUAGCCACCAGCACUGUACACUAAAUCGCCUUUACACCACUGUUUAAGACUUUUGCUGCUGCUAUUUCCACCAGUUCUCUGAGGCUGGUGCUCCCCAAUUAAGCCACAAAUGGACAAUAUUUCCAGUUAUUCUUAAAUCUUAAAUGACAUUCCAAAUAAUUCCUAUUAUAUUCUUCAUGCAGUCAUAGUUUAUUCAAGAGACUGACAUGAGCCAAGAUUCUUUUUAAGUAAAAGAAAAACCCUUUAAAUGGGAUACUUUCAAACUGUUAUAUUAUAUGCUUCCAUGCAUCUCUAAGAGGCAAUUUAAAAGUUUUGUAUAUAAUUAUCAAUAUGGUAUAAGGUAUAGCAAUAUAUUGAAUGACAUCUGCGGGGGGAAAGUCUUUUUCCUUUGUAAAAUAUUUUUUCAAUCUAUUGUUUAUGAAGCAAGAGAUAUCUAAGUAAAAUAUACAGUAUCCCUUUGUGCAUAAUUAUAUAUGCUACAUAAGAGUCCGGAGAAAGAGGAAAUCUGUUAAGAGGUGUUGGGAAUCUAAGCUUUGAUGCUGCACAUUCUUAUCAGAACUCAGCUACCUGGUGGUUCCCUGGUUUUCAUCCCAGACUCACGUGAGAAACUCCCGGCUGAACAGUUUCAGGGCUCUGAAAGCCAAGGGGGUAAAACAGGGGAGGAAGAAGCCACAUUAAACACACCAGAGACUCUUUUUCUGAAGAACAAGCAAUAGCGCUUAGCUAUACAGCGCUCCUAUCCACAGGACAGCACAAUAGUUUCUGGUCUAAACCAUGAUUAUACAAGAUGUGCCGUUCUAUCCUUCUUCUUUUUUUGUAACUCUGUGUAACUUAAAUCAGCAUUUCAAACCUUCCAGUGACUGACAAAUCGUAUUUGCAGGAAAACAAACGAACGAACAAAACACGGAGCGAAUAAAGAACAGAGAAGACAGACCACGUAAAUAUAAUGUCAUUUUGCACUGUUGAUUUUUUUGCCCUUUCAUUUUUUUAAAAAAAUUAAACACUAUCACACAAUCUGCUUUGUAAACAGAGAAAAAGAUGUUCUUUAGAAAUGUGCUAUCUAAUAAACUAAGGCCACUUUACUGAA